AAAAUAGUACUUACCAUCUUUCUUAGAAGCUAUGAAUAACUUGUAUUUUGAUCGAAAUCAAUCAAUUUAAAAACGAAACACGUGAAAACAUUACGUUCUGUUGGUUGGGCUGAAAAGGGGUUGGGUUCAGCCGGUUCAAUUUCAACGGCGUGGGGCGUGUUCCGAAGUUCACUGAUAAGGAAGACGACCCAGUUAUUUGUAUCUCUUUUCAACACACGAAUUCUGAUUGCAUCGAGCAAAGAAUCUAUCAACGAGUUUGACCGAAUUUAGAACGCAUCUUGUGGAAGAAUCAUCGCGAUGUUUUUACACAUACGUCUGCAUUCCUGCAACGAAUUAAAUUUCCAAAUUGAAUUUAUUACGCUCUCUGGUGCAACUCAUAGAAAUCAACAUCUCGAUAUUGUAUAUGAUCACCAAAUGCAGUGUGACGAAAUUUUCAUAAUAAGAUUAAACACAUUGAAUCGUAUGCACGAUGGUUGUUUGUAAAUACUAUCUGCAAGGGAAUUGUCGAUUUGGACAGUAUUGUCAAUUCGAUCACAUAAAUUUUGUAGGAAAUAAUACUAAAGCUGAUUCUUACAACGAUGACGAAUAUUUGGCGGUAUUGGUCGCAAAAGAAAUACUUAUCGCGGAAAAAGGAGGACAAUGGUUAUUAUCAUGUUUUGCACCGAUUAAAGAAAAACCAUGCAUUCCUGGCAUGGAAGACUUAUCACCAGAAGAAGUACGAUGGGAAAUGUAUAAAGCCCAAAGCUCUGGAAUGGUAGAGCAAGCAAAAGUACAUUUUCAACAAUUAUGUAGAGAUAUGAAAGCAAAAAGAGAAGCUUUUAAAAAUCCUACCCGUGAAACAUUAACUAAACUUAAAGAAAUUUUAGGAACAGGUCAUAAAAAUACUAGGAAUGAUAAUACAUCUGGAAAAUCCUCCAGUUUUGCUUUUGCAACCCCUCAACUUGGACAUCCAAGCAGUACUCCAUCCUCUUCUGUAUUUGGAAACAAAACAUUUGGAAGUCAAAACAAUCCAUUUAGUGGAGGUUUCACUUCCACCAGUAAUACAUCAAUCUUUGGGAAAACAACCACGACUUCAAAUCCUGUAUUUGGUAGUACCCCAACUUUUAGCAGUAAUUUAGGAGUGUUUGGUGGUGGUACCAGCACUAAUUCUAUAUUUGGAAUUACAAACACUUCUACAUUUAAUAUAGGACAAAACACGCAGACUUUUGGCUCAUCUGGUUCAAUUUUCGGUGGCGGAGCUUCCCAGCCCGUUUUUGGGCAACCCAGCAUAUUUGGAACAUCCAAUCAAGUGAACAAUGUUUUCGCCAGGCAAACAUCUCAGGCAUCCACAUCGGUAUUCAAUAGUGGAGCAACUUCUUCUUCCUCUCUAUUCAAUAGCACUUCCUCUCAAUCUAAUGCUUCUAUAUUCACUGGAGCUAAAACCUCUACUGCUAAUCCGUUUGGCGGUUCCUCAAAUUUACAGACUACCAACUCCAUGUUUGGAGUUACUCCAUCCUCAAGAACUUUUAGUUCGGGAAUAUUCUCACAAUCUGAAACACCUGCUUUUGGAGGAGCACCAGUUUUUGGCGGUUCGGCAACCUUUGGAAAUAAUUCUGGUUCUAUAUUCGGCGAGAAACCGACAUUUGGGAGUUCUGGCGGUAUAUUUGGUGGAUCAAAUACUACAACACCCGCUUUUAGUACCGCACAACCUACAAAUGCUUUUGGCAUUACCACUUCUACACCUUCUGUGAACAUGUUCGGAAAUGCUCAGGGUACCACACCCGCCAUUUCCACUUCUAGUGCAUCACCAUUUGGCAUAACGCCUUCAACGACUACUAGUCCCUUUGCUACCGCGACCUCACAAUUUGAAACAAAUAGUACGGCAGCUUUCUCAAAGCCUACAUUCGGAAUAACUACGGGAACUGCCAGUGAAACUUUUCCUACAGCAGCUACAUCUUCUAGUACAACAUUUGGUACUCUAAAUACCGGAGUUACUUUCGGAACAUCUAGUACCACUACUCCAUUUACAUCAUCUACAUUUGGUGAUAUGAACAAUUCACCGUUUGGUUCCACAAAUGUUACAAGUACAACUACAACUACGAAUACGUUUACAUCGCAACAAAUUACUUCGCCAUUUGGUACUUUUGCGCAAAGUCAAACUUCUAAUAGCGUGACGGCUUCUACAAACGAACCAUUUGGAAAACCGUCUUUCACUGCAACAUUGACAGCAAUUGUUAUUGAUGACAGCGUUUACUCAUUAGAUAAUCAAUUAACAGCUGAGGAAAAGAGUAUGUUCUUGGCAGAGAAAUUUAAUUUCGGAAAAAUUCCAUUGAAACCACCUACAAAAGACAUUAGGUAAUACAACAAAAAGGUCGGUUUAGGGGAAUAUGUGCUGUGAUAUUUGUUUCCUGUAUUCAUGUACAAUUAAGAUAGAAAGAUUGCAAAGGAUUGUAGUAAUAAAUAAUAUAUAUUUGCCAACAAUGUUCCAAUUUUUAUAAGAUUUAACGAAAUGUUCGUUUAGCAAAUGAACACGAAAAACUAAACGACAUUUCUAAAUUGUAAUGAAAUAUGUAAUAAACUUUAGAAUUUGCAUCCUUAUAA